AUGGAGAACAGGCGCUCUGAUGGUCGACCUUCGCGGUUUGGGCGUAUUUUUAGCUCUUUAUUGCCAAUGCAGUCUCGAGUUGUCCGAGCAGAAGAGGUACCUCCGCCAAGUCCUGUGGAGACAAAGCCAGCAGAGCCUGCACCCAGCCCAGAGGAAUCCGCAGUGCAGUUCGAGAUGAUCCACCGAGAAUGGCAGAACAUUUCGAUGCAG